UAAGACACACAGAUGCUGGCUGCUGAUCAGUCGCCUCCUCUUCCUCCUCCUCAGCAGCGCUUCGGUCCCGCCCACCGCCACCUGGCUCUGCUGCGCACCGCCGACUGGAGGCAGAGCGCCGCUACUCCUCUUCCCCACGCCAACGGAGAAGCAGAACACAGGGAGCCCCGAGACCGAGGGUGUGUGCAUGAAAUUUUUUUCCCCCCUCAUAUUUAAAGAAAAACAAAAAAACGAUUCAUACAAUCUAAGAGCGACUGGAAGUUUAAAGGAUUCUGGAGGAAAGUGCGAAGACGAGUCAAAGAAAUAUCAGACGGGUGCCCUGCGCACUACUGCAUCCUUCUUCUCCAUCUCUUUCUCAUCUCUCCUCCUCCUCUGCCUCUGUGCUCUUACAAGACUCCCGGCUUGUCCCAUCCCGCGUAUCCCCAGUGACUGGUCGUUUACGGCAAGCCGCGAGCUGCCCGUCCUCUUUUGUCGGAGUUUGAACCGCAUUUCGGAGCCGCUGGAAGUAAACUGCCAGAGCCCCCUCGGAGCUGGCCGGACUCUGUAGCGUUCGUCUUCCCUGACACGAGUGGAUCACCGAGGGGACCUUGCGCGGAGUCAAAAGGACUGGAAAUUAUUUAGCCCUCUCACAUCAACGUACCGCAUGGUGGGAAUUUCUGCCUCUUUUCAGUAUCACACUGGGAAGCGCUCCACCAUGCCCGACUCACCUGCGGACGUCAAGACACAGUCCAGGUUGACCCCCCCUACCAUGCCACCCCCACCCAGCACACAGGGAGCGCCACGCAACAGCUCCUACACCCCCACAACUUUAACCAAUGGCAGUAGCCACUCUCCUACAGCACUCAAUGGCGCUCCAUCUCCUCCAAACGGCUACAGCAAUGGUCCUAGCUCCUCCUCCUCAUCCUCACUGGCCAACCAGCAGCUGCCGCCGGCCUGUGGCGCCCGGCAGCUCAGCAAGCUCAAGCGCUUCCUCACGACUCUACAGCAGUUUGGCAACGACAUCUCACCUGAAAUCGGCGAGCGGGUCCGCACAUUAGUGCUAGGACUAGUGAAUUCCACGUUAACCAUAGAGGAAUUUCACUCCAAGCUCCAAGAAGCCACCAACUUCCCUCUGCGACCUUUUGUCAUACCCUUUCUGAAGGCCAACCUGCCGCUUCUUCAGAGGGAGCUGCUGCACUGUGCCAGGCUGGCCAAGCAGAACCCAGCUCAGUACCUGGCCCAGCACGAGCAGCUGCUCCUGGACACCAGUACCACCUCCCCAGUAGACUCCUCUGAACUCCUGCUGGAUGUAAACGAGAACGGCAAGAGAAGGACACCAGACAGAACCAAAGAGAAUGGCUUUGAGCGAGAUGGUGCCCUGCACCCAGAUGUUCACCCCAGCAAACGGCCAUGCACCAUAAGCCCCGCCCAGCGCUUCAGCCCAUCCAAUGGGCUCUCCUACCAACCCAAUGGCCUGCCCCACCCAGGCCCGCUCCCUCCGCAGCACUACAGGCUGGACGACAUGGCCAUCGCCCAUCACUACCGAGACACCUACAGACACCCCGCCUCCAAUCAUCGGGAGAUCCGGGAGAGAGCCAGGUCCAUUGGUAUGCAUGCUGGGACCAGGCAGGAGGAGGUGAUUGACCACAGGCUGACAGACAGAGAGUGGGCUGAGGAGUGGAAGCACCUUGACCAUGUAAGAAAACUGCUGAACUGUAUCAUGGACAUGGUGGAGAAAACAAGGCGCUCGCUAACGGUACUGCGGCGGUGCCAGGAGGCUGACCGCGAGGAGCUCAACUACUGGAUCCGCCGAUACAGCGAUGCUGAAGAGCUGAAGAAGGGCACCACUAGUGGGCAGUCAAGGCAGCAGAGCCCCACAGCACAGGAAAAUGCAACAUCAGAAAUUCACAGGGAGCUGCUGCAUCGGCCCGUGUCUGGCUACGUCCCCGAAGAGAUCUGGAAGAAAGCUGGUACGGGAGGCUUGACUUCCUCUGUCUCCACACUCUUUCCAGAAGAGGCGGUGAAUGAGGUAAAGCGGCAGGCCAUGUCAGAGCUGCAGAAGGCCGUGUCAGAGGCCGAGCGCAAGGCUCACGAGAUGAUCAGCAGCGAGCGGGCCAAGAUGGAGCGCACGGUAGCCGAGGCCAAGCGGCAGGCAGCCGAGGACGCACUCUCCAUAAUCAACCAGCAGGAGGACUCCAGCGAGAGCUGCUGGAACUGUGGCCGCAAGGCCAGUGAGACAUGCAGCGGCUGCAACACGGCGCGCUACUGCGGCUCCUUCUGCCAGCAUAAGGACUGGGAGAAGCACCACCAUGUCUGCGGUCAGACCCUCCAGGCCCAGCAGCAGCAGGCCAGCCAACAGCAGGGAGGCGUCCCCGGGUCAGAGACCCCUGCUCCCAUCAGCUCAUCAGCCUGCACCCCAAGCAGCGGGACUGGGAGUCCGGCUGCCACCCCACCUGCUGCUACCACUCGCUCAUCCACCCCCAGCACCCCGUCCUCCUCUGCCCUGGAUGGCACACCGCGCUAAGAGACUCACACAGAGGAUGGAGGCAAAAGGCCUCCAGGGCCUAACAGCCAGCCCUCAACCCUACAAACAGCAUGACUGUCUACAUUGCCUUGCAAAGAUGCUAAGCUAACAUGGCUAACAGAAAGAGAUGGCAAUGCUUCUGUCUAUCUUGCAGCGUAGUCAUAGAAGGAGGAGGGGGUCCAUAAUCAGGUCAUAUUGACUUGCCAUGACUUUAAAGAAACACAAAGAUAUUCUUUGUUUUGAAUGAAUGAAUUUAAAUAUUGACAUCCUUUUAUCGUUACACUUGCUACUCUUGUUGUCUGUUUGUCGUUGUGCUUGUUGUUGUUAAUGUUGCUGUCAUUGUAGCUUAUCUUAUUUUCUCCUGUAAAUAUGAGACUGAGACUGAGCAGAGAUAGCCGUGAACUCAAGACAAGUAUAUCUGACCUCCCCUUUUUUUAAAUGUUUUUAUUUUUAUUUUCCAUCCUUGAAUUAGCGCUUAUUUCCUUCCUGUACCUGGGACAUGAGACAAGUCAACCUCAAGAAGACAUUUUACCAAACAGUAUACCAAGGGAACAUAACUAACUAGCAGAAUGUCAUCAACAUUCUUUGUAAGGAAAGAAAUUAGAUUUAAAUACUCUGAAAGACAAACAAAUUUGCUGCAUGGAGAGGGGAGAGGGAUGGACUCAAUCUCUGGUCCACAGACCGCCAUGAAAUGGGCAGAUGUGAAGCAGAUUGCAAGCAGAGCCAGCUGUUCAACCAAUGUUAUUUCCCUCUCACUUGUAAUAAUAUCCAGGUCAGUGGGCUGGGAAAUACAAAUCCGUCUCCCUGAAGGAUGUAAAAGGAAGAAUUCUUGGACAAGAUACAAAACUUUGCCAACUGCACAUGUGGAGGAUGUACUGACUACAAUUCACACGUGCAUGCUUGGUGGAUCAGAGAAGCUCUCAAACAGGAAGUGAAGUCAUCAUCCCACUGGUGAGACUGUCAAAUCACCCGGACAGCAGCCGCUGGGCCACACAGAACUGAAAACCUACAGUGUGGAGACUCACCCCAGACGCUCCCCUCCUUUCUCAGCUCUGAAAAACAUUUUCAUCUUUCUUCAUGUUCUUUUUCUAUAGAUGUCAUGGUGUUUAAGACUUCUGUCCUGUGGUGUCAUCAAUGGUUAUUUAUUGUAUAUGUGUUGGACGAUUGUGACAAUGCAUAGUACUUCAACCAAGUCACAACUCUAAGUCCUUCAUAACUCUCUCUCUCUCUAGCUGGUGCAAAAAGAGAUAAAAAAAAAAAAGUGUUAUACUUUUUCCAAGCUGCUUUUCUAUUCUGUGUGUAAGUGGUAGAUCCCUGGUAGUUACUAUAAGUUUUACUUCCCUUUUUCCUCAAGAAAAGACACAAGCUAUAUCUCAGAGCUGCUACUUGAGUCCGACCCAGAUCUUUUCUGAGAACUAGCAUGUUGCGCGGAAUGCUAACCUAAAUGUUUUGUACAAG